UUUAACCAUACUUCUAUGAAUAGAAAAGCCCUAACCCUAAAACCCUGAAAUUCUUUGUUCGGAUAUCAAUUGAACCCGAAGGCGAAGGCUUUUACCAAUUUCAGAAUGGGUUCGUCUGACAGAGAAGUGGACAGUGAGUCCGAUGCUCCCGAGGAGGUCACUUUCCAAGAGGGUAUGCAACAAGAUGAAGAGAUAGGAAAAGUCCAAAGAGAAAAUAAGGCCAGGGUAGUUCGUGAGGAGAAAGAACGUCGGAGGAAGUGGGCACAAAAGUUGACGGCAAGGUCUUUGCCGAAAGAAGAAAGCAGAAUAGAUGAAGAAGCAACUGAAACACAUGAAGAGUCUCAGGCUAACAAAGGAAUGCUACCAGAUGAAAUUGUCAAAAUUCUUGCAGAACGUGAGAAAAAAGUUUUCACAUCGGACUCCGAGGACGAGAAAGUUGAGAAGAAGCCUGCUACAAAAAAGAGAAAGUCAAAAAAAUCAGGGUUAGAACCUGUUAUCUUGAAGGACAUACCACCUCCUCAGUGUGUGCAAAAUUCACUGGAAUUUUUGAAGAGAAGAAAAAUGCAGGUUCCGAGAUCUUCUGCAGUUUUGAACAAUUCAAACCAAGCACUCCGCCUCCUGUCAACAUCUGGCUUGUUAAAGUAAGACUGGAGGGAAAUUGCAAUGGACUACUUGAAAUACUCACAAUCUCAUUUUGAUACGACUAGUUGCAUUUGUUGGCUCUUAAAUCUUUACCUUGGUUGAAGUUUUAGAAAUUUAGUGGCAUUUGAAUGAGAUAUAAACCAUUAUAUACGUCUUGUAUGUUCUACAAUAACUUAGCGUAUAUGAGGAUGCCUUCUCUGGAAUUUCUUCCUUGUUCUUAAUCUAACUUUGCAUUGAUACAAUCCUUUUGGGAUGACUUCGCUUCCGACU